AUGGGUCAAAGCAUUUGCCUUCGCAUUCGGCGGAUCAAAGUGAAGCCUGUCGCCGUCACGUCAUGGCUUAAAAACUCAAGUCCCAAUGAGACGGUCUCAAUCGUCAGACGCGUCAAGCUGAAACAUCCGAUUACCCAACUGAUGGAAAAGGCCGAUAUUGUUUACAGGAGAAAGCUAGGAUCGCAGAGCAGAACCUUGCGCCAAGCGGUGUCCCAAUACAAGAAGCGGUAUCGCAGACUCCCACCCAAAGGCUUCGAUGCGUGGUGGGAGUUUGCGAAAAGCAAUGAUUUCAAGAUGGUAGAUGAGUUCGACUCCCUGAUGUCGGAUCUGGAGCCUUUCUGGCUUUUGUCCCCCCACGAACUGCGUGAACGCGCACGACAAGUUGGAGAAUUGCCAUCUAUAGAUCUUGUAAGCAUCGUUAAUGGGGAAGGAUUUGAAGGGGAGGAUCGCCCGCCCGCAGACCGUGCCAUUGGAUUCUUUACAAUGAUUGAACCUUUUAUUGAGCUGCUUCCAGAUAUGCAGUUUCCGAUCAGCAUCAAAUCUGAGGGGCGGGUUAUUGUCCCUUGGGAGCAAUCCCUUCAACCCAAUGCAACUGUACUCUCAUCUGACGGUGAGGGAUUGUUGGGCGGGUCUUUUACGGAAGAUUGGAAAGGCGAGGGGACUGUGUGGGACGCCUUCCGACGAGCGUGUCCUCCAGACUCUCCUGCUCGGCGUCUCUUCAGUUCUGUACGAGGACAGGCUCAUACUUCCCAAUCGUCUUUCAACCUACUCUUCAACAAAGGCUCGACGCCAACAAUCCAUCCAAGCAGCCUGGGUCUCGUGGGUUUCCAACGCUUCGUGGAUUUUUGCAAAGAACCUUCAGGCCGCAUCCUCCAAGGGCAUUUCUUCUCUGAUUGGCGGACUCUCCCCUCCUUGUUCCCCGUCUUUUCUCCUGCGAAAGCUCCUGGGUAUAGCGAUAUCGUUAUACCUAGUCAUUAUUACUAUGGUGCGACGAAACGGUAUACGUACGGAAUUGAUCCUGUCCUAUUUUUGAUGAAAGAAACGGAUAAUUUCGAAGUGAACUGGGGCGAAAAGAAGGAUGUUAUUUUCUGGAGAGGUGCAUCGACCGGUGGUGGUAGCUCGCCGCCCGGCUUCUUGCACCAGUAUCAUCGCCAUCGACUUGUCCAAAAAGCCUCAGAGCACUCAACUGGGAACACAACGGUGCUUUUCCCCGACCCGUCGACCAGCACGGAGACGUCGUUCAUAUCUGUGGCCGUGCCCACCGCAGAAAUCAAUAAGGAAAUCUUCGAUAUCGCUUUCACGAAAGCUAUUGGAUGCGACCUGUACGUUGGCGGCGGCUGCGAACAAAUGAUGGAGGAUCACCGCUUUGCGAAUGCGGUGCAACUUACAGAUCAUUACAAGUAUAAAUACUUGAUUGACUUAGAUGGGAUGGGAUACUCCGCCCAUUUCCUCGCUUUCAUGGGCAGUGAAAGCGCUGUACUAAAGACCACUGUGUACAGGGAGUUCUUUUCGGAUUGGAUCCAACCCUGGUUACAUUACAUCCCUGUGUCCGACUCAUACAACGACCUGUACAACAUUCACGCAUACUUCUCUGGUCCCUCCCCCUCUGAGUUGAAAGCAUUUAGCCUCUUGGGGAAUCAUACCAAUGAAUUUUUGGCUGCACACAAACGAGAAGGCGAUCAAAAGUUGCGUCGUAUCGCUCGUGCUGGAAGACAAUGGAAAAACACGAUAACUAGAAGAGUUGAUAUGCAAGUCUAUGUGUAUCGUUUAUGCAUAGAAUGGGCGCGCCUGUGGUCGGAUAACCGCGACGCUUAUGUAUUUCGCUAA